AUGAACGAUCAUUUCGUUGAGCUCAUUACCAGCGUUUUGGCCAUUGUAAACGAAUCCGGAAAUACCGACUUGGAAUUGAAGAUAACGCUUGAAAGGGAGGACAACGGAUUGCCAAAAGCUAUAUUUGAGCUUGUACCUAAAGCUCACCUCAGCAAUCCAGUCGAGCGACUCAACCGAGCAUAUGUGCAGUACGCAAAGGACAACGGUUUGCCAAAAGCUAUAUUUGAGCUCGUACCUAAAGCUCGCCUCAGCAAUCCAGUAGAGCGACUUAACCGAGCAUAUGUGCAGUACGCAAAGUUCCAUGAACAAAUGGGUGUAGCAAGCGACUGCGAAACUGCAAUCUCUCAACAAAGAACGCCAAAAUCGACAACCCCAGCUCCAGACCAGCAAGGAUCGAGAUUUUCUCUUUUAUCUGUCUUUAACUCUGUAUUCUCUGGUCUUGUAAGUAUUCACUAA